GGAGAAGCGCUCCAUCAAACCGCCUCAGUUGUGAUGAUGUCAAUAUGAGUCUUUUAAUUAGUGGCUGCUGGUGCAUGGCUGCGAGCACACAGGUGACACCAAGCUGCAGUCGGCCUCUGUUAUUCUCAUCCUUCACUGCGAGAGUCUCCUAUAGUCACUCUUCACUUGUGAUCUAUGACUGUGCAAGCUUCUGUGCACUUUCACAAUAUUUGUAUCAGCCAACAAAAUGGCUACAUGUAGUCUGACCGCAACCUAUUAGGAGCAUUGAUGUGUUUGUGUUCCCCGUGUGUCUUUCUGUUUCCAUAUACAACUGCAGAGGUUUAUGUGAGCCAGACUAAUCCUAUUAGAUCUCUCUCCUCACCUCUAUAUUUAACUCAGCCCUUUCUCUGAGAUUAACGCAGGUUAGUUUUCAGCAAAAGGCUCCACAGAUCAAUAGUCGCUUUUCGGCGGUGGCGAUAGAACUGCGCCGCAAUCAAACUAUUGACUUGUGCAGUUCAUUCCCGUGAUGCCCUGCAUCUUGCCUGUCACAUCAUCUUGAUAAGAGGAUGCAAAAAGAAUCAUUGUCAUGCUCGGAGGGAUAAAUGACUGACAUUGGUAAUGAGUGACAAGCCAGGUAGCACGGUGUGGCGAUGUGAGGAGAUUGUAUCUCAGUUUAUGUUAAAAUGUUUCUUUUGGCUUGUGUCUUGUCCUCACCCUGUCAACCAGUUUAUCCCCUUUCUUCAUUCUUGUUGUCCUCCCUUCUUCUGCUGAAGUAAUAAGAUUGCCACUCCUGAGCCGGAGUAUUUAGAGUCCACACAAUGACCUCUGCUCUGCUAAAUUACAGCACGGACACACCCACUUGUAAUCUCCGUCUGUAAAUCCUGCUGUCGUUUGAAUUCAAAGCACCGAGCGAAGAGACGAGACUCUGAAAGGGAAAAAUAAAAAUGGGCUGCGGUGAAAGGGAACAAGGCUGAGGAGGAGAGUCAACAAAUCAAAGAUGAAUACAAAGGCUUGGAGGAGAAAGUUGGGCUACAUUUGAGACAAGGAGAUUCAAGAGGAAUCUUCUAUCCUUCUCUUCCAUCAUGGUGGACUUUUUCCUCAACCGAUGUCUGGUGGAGAACAACUGGGACCAGGAUGAGCUCAACACUGAGCGGGAAAUUGUUGGCAUUCUGGAAAACCGCAUCCUCAUGCUGCUCUUUGCAUCGGCAGAAUGUGACAAGUGCUGGGAGUUUGUGCCUGUUCUCAACGAUUUUUUUAAACGACUCAAAGACCCGGCUUACAUUGAAUAUCCCAGACUGCUGGCGCUCAUUUACAUCAGCUUAGACCAAUCAGAGGAACAGCAGGGAAGAUUUCUCAAAGAGAUGCACAAAAAGGUUCUGUUUCUGGCCUUUGAGGACCCGUACCGGAAGGAACUCCAAGCCAAGUUCAAGGUGAAAGAUGUACCCACCGUGGUGGUCCUUCGUCCAGAUGGCUCCGUCCUGUCCCCGAAUGCCGUUCAAGACAUUUAUCGUUUCGGUUCCGAGUGUUUCCACAGCUGGCAAGAAUCGUCAGAGCUGGUUGAAAGAAGCUUCAUGCUCAACGAGGAGUUUGACAACUUGAAUAUGCGCAGCGCCACCGACCCUGUGAGGAGGCUGAAAUACAAGACGGAUGAUGACAAGAGGAAAAAAAGAUGGUGGAGGUUGUAAAGGAGAGAGAAAGCUAAUGAAGAAAGUG